UCUUGUCAUUAUAAGACACAAAAGUCCUAACCCAUGAAGAUGAUCACAUAGAAAAGGCAGUAGGUGGUUUUUAUAAUAAUCCUUGAACAAAAAAAAACCAUGGGUUUCUGAUCAAAUGCUGCUGGCUGUCAUAGCUAUUGGCAAAUUGAAGAGACAUUUAACUACCUAUUCUUUCUCUGACCUUUCCAUUGAAUUCGAGACACAAUUAUCAAAUUCAACCUCAGAAAAAAAACCCUAUUUCACGUCAUUUGGAGAACAAUUCCAUUAGAAUUAGAUGGCUAUGGCGGGAACUCUGAAGUGCGUGGUGGUUGCAGUUGAUGGAAGCGAUGAAAGCAUGAACGCCCUUAAAUGGGCGCUUGAUAAUGUCAGCGUUAAAUCACCUGAAGAUGGUGGAUCUUUUGUUAUCCUUCAUGUUCAACCUCCGCCUUCUAUUGCUGUGGGGAUCAAUCCUGGUUCUAUUCCUUUUGGGGGACCCAGUUUGGAGGUGCCAGCUUUUACUGCUGCGAUUGAAGCUCAUCAAAAACGUGUUACUGAUGCUAUUGUUAAUCAUGCGUUAGAAAUUGCUACCCAAAAGAAUGUGAAUGUCAAAACUCAAGUAAUUGUUGGGGAACCAAAGGAAAAAAUAUGUGAAGUUGUUGAUGAACUGCAUGCUGAUUUGCUUGUGAUGGGGAACCGUGCUUUUGGGCGGAUCAAGAGAAUGUUUCUGGGAAGUGUGAGCAAGUACUGCAGCAACUAUGCAUCUUGCCCUGUUGUCAUAGUGAAGGAUGAACCUGCAGAAGCUUUACAAGCAUAUGGCGAUCAAUAACACUGCAUCUCUAGCAAUGAUCUAAACACAAGGGAACACUGGACGCCUGCCUGGACAUAAUGUACUUUUCCAUGGCUACUUUUGGUGGUGUUUGCUAUUGUUAGGUUUCUUUUCUUUAAUUUGCCCGUCAUUGAAUGUGAUCAAAGUGAUAAAUUUGAUCGUUUGCACAGGCCUGAUCAUGUCACUAGAUCACGGUGCUGAACUACUAUGAUUUGUUUGAUGGUUUUUAUAAUGUAAAGAUUGAUUAAAUAUGUAAAACCGAAAUGUUGUAUA